GUCACAAAAGAAGGAGUUCACUUCCUAUCUUCUGAACAGAUGCUUUUGGAGACAUGGAAGAUAAUUGUACAGAUAUGUUCAAUGGAUGCAGCAAAUUUGAUUUUAGCAUUCAGACUCAAGUAGCUUUGCUUGCUUUAAUCGAUAAGACCGGUUACACCAUGGUACAAGUAAAUGGACAGAGGAAAUUUGGUGGCCCUCCUCCUGGUUGGGAAGGACCUCCACCUCCACGAGGCUGUGAAGUUUUUGUAGGAAAAAUUCCUCGUGAUAUGUAUGAAGAUGAAUUGGUUCCUUUGUUUGAAAGGGCUGGAAAAAUAUAUGAGUUUAGGCUGAUGAUGGAAUUUAGUGGUGAGAAUAGAGGCUAUGCGUUUGUCAUGUACACAAACAAAGAAGAAGCCUUGUUAGCCAUUCGAAUGCUAAAUAAUUAUGAAAUUCGCCAAGGAAAGUUUAUUGGAGUCUGUGCCAGUUUAGACAACUGCAGACUGUUUAUUGGCUCUAUCCCACAGGAAAAGAGAAAAGAAGACAUUUUAGAGGAAAUGAAGAAAGUAACAGAAGGAGUGAUGGAUGUUAUUGUGUGCCCUAGUGCAACAGAUAAAACAAAAAAUCGUGGUUUUGCUUUUGUGACGUAUGAAUCUCACAGAGCAGCUGCCAUGGCACGAAGAAAGCUAAUUCCAGGAACGUUCCAGUUAUGGGGACGUACAAUAAAGGUUGACUGGGCAGAUCCAGAGAAAGAAGUUGACGAAGAAACAAUGCAGAAAGUAAAGGUUCUGUAUGUUAGAAAUUUAAUGAUGUCAACGACUGAGGAAACAAUUAAAGCUGAAUUCAACAGGUACAAACCUGGAGUUGUUGAACGUGUCAAAAAAAUAAGAGACUAUGCCUUUGUGCACUUUUUCAGACGUGAUUAUGCCAUUGCUGCUAUGUCAGAAAUGAAUGGAAGAUUAAUUGAUGGAGCGAGGAUAGAGGUAACACUGGCAAAGCCGGUGAAUAAAGAAGCAGCCUGGAGGCAGAAUGGAAAUGGUCACAUGAAUCCUAAUUCUGAAUGCUUACUGAAUUUUGCAAAUAAAGAAGGAUCCCAGAAGGUUCUUGAUAUGUGUUCAAAUGUCCCAGCAUAUUACAAUCAGAACAGCCCAACAUUCCUAGAAGCAGAGAGAUGCACAUAUCCAUGUAUUCCUGGAACAAAGCUUACUCCAAUGAAUUUGUAUUCGUUGAAGAUAAAUCAUUUCCAUUCAGCAGUAAUGCACCUGGAGUACUACUGUUACAAAAAUAAUUGGUCAUUCCCUGAAUAUUAUUUGUAUGCAACUACCGGUCAAGAUGGGAAAAUGCUCUUAGCUUAUAAAGUUAUAGUGCCAGCCAUUGCAGGUAACACCAACAGUUACUUCAUGCCAGACAAGCUGUGUUCAAUUGUAGAAGACGCAAAGGAACUGGCAGCUCAGUUUACACUAAUGCAUUUAGAUUACAGUUACCAUCCUACUUCAGGCAAAAAUAUAUCUUUGCCUAGCACUGCUGCCGCAUCUGGAUCAUCAGGUGUCCUCCCUUACACACCCAAACCGUACUCGUAUUCCAGCUACCCAUCCUCACCAAAUGUUUCUCUGACUAAUGGAGGCAGUGUGGGAAAGCAGCUUUAUGUCUCCAAUCAAGCGUCUUAUUUCUCAGGAUAAGCCUGCCUGUUAAACUGGUUGUGUCAUCUCUUUUAACUUCUACUUGCAAGUAUUUUUUUGUAAAAUAUUUAUUCAGUGUAUUCAUUUCAGGUAAAUGCAUUUGCUUCCAAAACAUCUUUAGGGAGUUGGCAGUUUAAUAUUAUGACAGAAUUAUGCAGUUCCCCAAUGGCUGCUGCAAAUUCUGUAUGGUUUUUACCCAGUUGUGUUGUUUUAAAGGAGAUCUCUACCCAAAUACUGUUUGGUUUUUGUUGUUUCAUUUUUUUUUUUUUGCUUAGUGCAAGAAAAUUUUCCAAUAUACAUUAUUUUAAAAAUGUUCAGUAAUGUUAAGCUUAAUUGUAAAUGUAAUUGCUAGUGAAACAUCUAUUGGCUGUUCUUAUCCUUUACAUCUACACAACUGGUUCAGACUUGUGAAACAGGGUAGCAGAACCAGCUGACGUGGAUGAGAUCCUCAUAUACAAAGAGGGAUAAACAGAUACGUUUCAUAUGCUUUCAAAAAAAGCAAAAACUGACAAUUUAUAUUGGUUGACUAGAAUAACUUUUUUUCUUAAUUAAGCAAAAACAGUUUUGGGUGGAGAUCCCCCUUGAACACUAACAUUUAAAAUAAAUGCCACAAAAAUAUUGGCCUAGAAGGUUACGUUUAUCAUUUCAAAACAAGCCACCCUAUAUUAGCAACAUCCCAUACAAACACUGAAUAUGUUCUGCUGCUCUCAGAUAAUUAGCAAAGAAGAAAAUCCACACAUUAACUUUAAUAUUUUAUUGAGUUAUAGCAGUGGUAUUAUAAGGCAUUUUGAAAUGUUGCUUUCUUUGGCAUUUUUAAUCGAUACUGCUUCUCUCAAACCUAAAAUUGAAACUGAUAUAAUUUGCUUAUUCCAGUCAUCCAGAAUGUGGAUGGAAUAUAAGGGCAGAUUAUUAUAAAGAUGGCCGUACACAGGCAAACUGUGUGGCACUACAACUGGGGCAAAGGAAAGGAUAUUGUACAAGGGGCAUUCAUGUUUAAUUGUAAAUAUAUAUAUAUAUAUAUAUAUAUCCACCUUUGUAGCCAACUGCCUGAAUGAUCAGAAUAGCAUGAAUAGGAGCUGCAGCUUCCUUUCACUUUCUUCGGCAACCAUUGGAAAUCCUUUAUCGACCUGGACUGCAGAAUUCCAGGCUGGCCAUACAUGCCCAGCUAGGAGUAUAGUUUAAACUGGCCUGACCAAAUCUGGGCAUGUAUGGCCAGUUUAUUAACAUCCUGUUAUCGCCAUCUCUCAUAUCUGUCUACAUGGAUAAUUAGUCAAAAGUACAAGUUCAGCUCCUCUCCUAACUCACUCCUGCACCAUCUUUAGUUAACAACAAUCUAAGGAGUGACGUCAGGUUCUUCUUUCCGUUUUAAAUUAUAUAUUUGUAAUUAAACUCUUAAUUGAUUGUUGCCACUGCUCUGAUGCUUGGCAAUAUGGCUGCAUUCACUAAACUUCUAUUGAGAAGUGAUUGGUGCCACUGGUCUAACUGACCCCAGUGAACAUGUUGAACCACCCUUAUGCUAAAUAAAGACUGAAAAAAGAGUAUUUUGGUUUCUAUGAUGGCAAUACAACUUAACAUAGUAUCAUUUUAACCUAACCAAUUUUCAGAUAAACCAUAUACAAUUAUAUCCCUUUACUUAUUUUUCCCCAUUAUAACCACAAUCCCAUCUACCAACUAUGUAUAUGUGCUAUGUGCUAUCUCAUAAUAUAACAUCCAGCCCCCAAGAUUCUAGUAAUCCAAAUAAAUAACAGUUACAGAUUAAAUAAAGUUUUUUCAUUUCUGGAUGUCACAGCACAAAUUGAUCCUUGAGGAUAUAGAGAGAGAGGGAAGCUGCUAUUGCUGCAGGGUUGGGCGGCUUCUCAGUAGAAACUUGAUUCGCUGGUGGAUGUAAGGCUGAUGCCACACGAGGCGUAGGGCUGAAAUUUUCGU